UGGGCAGCUCAGAGGGUGCCCAGAGCUCGGGGCAGGCUCUGUGCCCCCACCUGCCCGCGGAGCAGCCCAGCCCUGGGCUAUUGCUGAGCGAGUGGCGGCACCUGCCGGUAUUUUGCAGAAUAUGCCGGAUAAUGGUGAUCAGAAGAAAUAGAAUUAAUCAGUGUAUCCGAGCAGGAUGCGCCUGGCCUGAGAUAGGGAAUGCAGAAUGAUGUGGGGUAACGAGGUCAGAGCAUCCGAGGUGCCGAAGCUGUCCUUUUUCCUGCUUGCUGUGGGAAGAUCCCUAACCAUGGAAAGAAAAUCUCUCUAGGAAGUUGCACCAUAUAUGCAAAACUAUGUGUUUUCUAGGAAACCCCCUCUAGUUUAGAUAUUUGGGCAGUGCGUAUCAAUAUAGUUGUAAUAAUUUGCACAAGAUGAGCCCGUGUCCAGGAUCCACCUAAACACUACUUUUUUCUUGUACAGGAAGCAGUGGGAUCACCCUGGUUACACUGUGUUCUGGAAUAAUAUUUCCUUCAGUAAAUUUUACAGCCUCUUCACGUCACUGGGGUUUAGACUGUUACCACAGUGUAUUUGUGUCUUAAACUGCUGUUUCUGGUAGCAUUGCCAGGUGCCUUUAGCAUUUCCAAAUCAAAGAGAAAGAGUGGCUUGGUCCUGAGGGCCCCAUAGAUGGAUGGGACUGGGGAAUGGAUGUAGGUUAGCAGAGCACUGAGACGUGUUGUGUGGCUGUAGAGAACAGCCAUGCAGAGUGAUAAUGUAUGCUGGAAACUUUUACUUUGUUUUUAAUAAAUCCCCAGGAUAUCACCCUUAAAAUUAAGUGUUUGUGCCAGCUAGCUGAUAUUUAGUUUUGUUUCCAGUAGAGGUAAGGUGGGAAUCUCUCCCUUGUAGCAUUUUGCUCCCACUAACAUAUUCUGAGGACACUUACAGGUUUUCAACUGCAUUUGUCAGAGAGCCAUUACCUUCUGACAAUUUAAGAUGUGGCCUUAGAGAAUAAAAAGACCCUAUUACUGCCCUUGUUGAGGGGAAAGGCUGGCAAGCUCCUCCUUUGGUAGACCUCAGGGUAUUCACUCUGGGCAGGAAGAAGGAGAGGCACUGCAAAUGAGACUUCAUUAGGACUGCUGCUCCCAGAACUGCUUGUUCCAUCUCAAGGUCUCGUGUCUUUUGUGGAAACUUGCCUCCACAGCAUUCAUAGCAUUUGCCAAGAAAAAGUCAUGUCCUCUUGUCUUGACCGUUCCUUUACUCCACAGGGUGGCAUAUGUUAUUAAGGGGUUGGACAGAACUGCGAGCGAGGCACUCUGUGCUGCAUGUGCAUUGCCAAAAGAUAAAGAUAUCUGUCAUCUAGCUGUGGGACACUACUCAGGAGGGGCGUAGCAAGAUGCUAGUUCAGUAGCUGUCCCUCCUCCUGCUUGUGCUAAGUCUCCCAAGCCUGUGCUGUAGGUUUGAUGUGAACAGGCAUGAUUUCCAGCUGGAGGUAGGUCUCAUUUAGACCUGUGUAAAUCAGAUUGUAAAUCAGACAGAUCUGAUUUACACCUGUGGAAAUCAGGGGUGACUCUCAGUCACUCCUAUCUUUGAGCUGUCCUGGUGUGUUACAGAGCUGCUGUGCUGUACCUGUGCUGAUGGCAGCAUGUAGGGCAGCAGGGCGCAGACAUCCCUGAGCCAGCAGAGAGUGGGCUGGUAAACCUCGCUGGUGCAAAGCUGCACAUCGUAGCUCAGCCUGCAUUUGCUUGGAACCAGGCCCAAGCUAAUAAACCCAGCUAGAUUGCUUCCAGACCUGAGCUGGCCCAGGAGGAGCCAGCACAAAUGUCACUGCUCUGUGCUGCAUGCUCUGAGCUAGCCUCAUUGUCCCUGCCGGAGCGGGCCAGCUCCAGGCACCUGUGGGACAGGAAGGGAGUGAUGCAUGGCCACCGUAUAGAGAACAGCACUGAAUGCACCCCAACCUGCGUCAUCCAGGAGCUGCCUUGGCCAGGUUGUACCCCCCUCUGCCACAUCUCCUGCUUCCCAGGCCCUUGGCCAGGCUUUUGCGCUCUCCCGCUGCAGUUGCUGUGGCUUUUGCACAGGAGUUGUUUAUAGGGUGCUGGUGGGUGGCUGGGUGUUCGCGGGGGCCCUGUGGCACCCCGUGGUGCCUGCCUGGCCCGGGGGCAGCCGGGUGCAGGUUCCCUGGGGACUGGCACUGAGACCCGCGGGGCCUGCGGGCAGAGCGGGGGAAGGGUCCGGGCCUAUGGGCGGGCACGGCGAAGGUAUGGGGUGCCCAGCCCGCUCCCCUUCUCCAGCUGGGCGAGGCCGUGAAGGCCGGGCCGGCGGGCAGCCCCCGCCGCGCCGCUGUCAAAGCCCCGAGGGGCGGCCCCGGCGGCACAGCCCUCCCCCUGCCCGCCCCGACUGGCCCGAGCGAAGGGCUGGCCCCGCCGCCGCGCCGGGGUAAUGGCCCGGGCCGCCUUCACUCUGGCAGCCGGCCCUGCGGUGGGGGAGCGGGGCUGAGCCCAUGAGCCCGGCGCGGCGGCAGGACGAGGCGCGGGGGCGGCGGGAGCCGGCGGCCGGCGCGUCCCCCCGGGCGGCCCCUCCCAGGAGAGCGGCGAGGGCCCUGGCAGCCGGCGGACAUGCACUGUGAGCUCUCAGGGGGUCAGAAAGCCAGCGCCGGGCCGGCCCGCUUCGAGGGGACCGAUAAAUGCCAGGGAGCGUCUCUGAAGGAACUGCCGCGGGUGACUCGUCCCAGCACUGGUAAAGCUCUCUUGAAUCCUCAGAUGUCCUUUAAAAUAAGUGUCAGCAACGGCAGUGACCGUACGGAGACUCAGCAGAGCGCCCCUGAAAUGUCAGCACCUCUGCUAGAUUUCAUCCCCAAAAGACCAAGCAUAUUCGAGAGGAUCCCAAUUCUGCCAAGGGCACAGGAGCUGCGAUGUGCUAGAGGCUCUAAAGAUUAUUUUCAGCAGCAGAAACAUCAAAGCAUGAAGGUGAACGGUGGCUACAAUCAUUGUAAUUUGAUCUCUGAGAAGAAGAACAUGAUGGACAUGGAGAUGACAAGUAGCUCAGUACCUGUCUGCAGACAAGGUCUGUUCAUCCACACAGGAAACUCACUUAUGCGAGACCACCCACUCUCCUGUGAGAGACUGCUUCAUGUUGGUCAGCUGAACUUGACACACUCGGAUAUAAGGUCACCCAGGUUUCAAGACUCAGUAGAUUCUGCUGCUCCAUGCCUGAAUGGAAGUCACCCAGCUCAGCACAUUAAACAAGAAUGCCCGAGUGAUUAUAAGGUUCUGUCUGAGACUUCCACACAUAGGAGGAUUACGGAGGGGAUGGAGCUGAGAACCUCCAGUAGUCUGCAUCCUGAAAUAGACCUAAUGAAUAAUAGCUUUACAAAUUCACUUUCAUCCUACUUGUUUAAUAAUGAACAUAGCUCCUCCCUGAGCCCUUUGUCACUUGGCACCCCUCAGCACUCAGCCAGGCUACAAACAAGCAAUCUGAAGAAGAGAUGCAUCUCUGUUGUGCCGUCUUCGGCUGAAGGAAUUGAUAUUACAGCUAUCAUCCGCACAUCACAGACGUCACUGGUCACCUGUGUGAAUGGACUGCGAACUAAUUCAGCUGGCAUUUCCUCUCAUCCAGUGGAGAUCAGUCAUCACAGUGCUCAAAAAUCCUCUCGGCCCCAGUCUUGCUCUCAGCCUGGAAACCCUUGCAGUAUUCCCUCCCCUCCAGCAUGUCUUGUACCUGUUUCCACUGAAUGUGACAGAAGUGACUGUGAGCAGAUACCAAUGCAGCAAGUUGAGGAGAAUGGAAGCCUCAGCCUUAUGAUGAAUGGUACUAGCAUUCCUCAUCAAAACACUUUGCACAGUACCCAGAAGGUGAGUUUCUUAAAACAAGAACCAGCUGAUGAUUAUUCCUCUGCUGCUGAUCUUUUCCGACAUCAUCAGGGGCUGCCUCCGCCUUACCAUCUACACCAGCAACUAACCCAGACUCAAGGGCCACUGCCUCACUUACACGCCUCUAUGUCUCCGAAGUCCCUUCAGCCCAGCGAUGGGGACGAUCAGGACCUCAGCAAUGGCAAACAGGUCUGUCAGUGGAUUGACUGCAGUGCCACUUAUGACCAACAAGAUGAACUGGUCAGACACAUAGAAAAGACCCACAUUGAUCAACGGAAAGGAGAGGACUUCACUUGCUUUUGGGCAGGCUGUGUCCGCCGAUAUAAACCCUUCAAUGCUCGUUACAAACUGCUGAUUCAUAUGAGGGUUCAUUCUGGAGAAAAACCAAACAAGUGCAUGUUUGAAGGUUGCAACAAGGCAUUUUCUAGGCUUGAGAACCUUAAGAUUCACCUCCGGAGUCAUACUGGGGAGAAGCCAUACCUGUGUCAGCAUCCUGGCUGCCAGAAAGCUUUCAGCAACUCCAGUGACCGGGCAAAGCAUCAGCGAACACACCUGGAUACCAAACCCUAUGCCUGUCAGAUUCCUGGCUGCUCCAAACGCUACACUGACCCCAGCUCUCUGCGCAAACAUGUGAAAGCUCAUUCAGCCAAAGAACAACAGGUGCGUAAGAAGCUAAAUUCAUGUACCGAUAUUGAACAAGAUGUCCUAAGCGAAUGCUUAGCUAUACAACAACUCCACACAUCUUCACAACACAUUUUGGAUGGGAAAUGUGGUAGAUCUGUAGGCCACCAUGAUUUAAUUACAGGCAUGUACAGUGGUUCCAGCGCUAACCAUAACGGUCCCUCACCAGGUAUAUUGCCGCCUCCUCAUGACAUCCCUUCAAGACAUCAUCCACUCGACUCUACUCUUUCCAGUCCACAUCACCAUCAGUCACCGCUGGAGAGUGCGAGGGAAGGGCUUGCCUCCAACAUAAUCUCUCCACUUGUCAGCCCCCUGAAAGCAUUAGUUCCACCUUCCCUAUUGCAGAAACACGGCUCUCCGUCAUCACACAGCCAGUCACCAAAUGGGCAGCAAUUUUCUGGAAUACCAAAUAAACCAUACGGUCAAUUUCAAAAUCAGUCUGUACAGCAGGGAUCUCAAGGUUACCAAGGCAGCUUUCACUCAAUACAAAACUGUUUCCACUAUGGAGACUGCUACAGAACAAUGGACCAGUCUGUCACCAGUGAUGUGCUCACAGGGGAAUCCCACUGCUUUAAUCCUCUGAGACAGAAUGGCUAUCACAUACUCAAUGCACCUUUAGCUUCAACAGGCUAUGAUGCAAUCUCUGAAGCGCAGUGUGUAUCUGAAGACAUGGUCUCCAGUGGAACUGAUGAAAAUGGAUUCUUCCAAAACGGCGCCUUUGAUCACUGCUUGAAUCACAUUCCUUCCAUCUAUACAGAUACCUAAAAGCAGUGCUGACCUUGUUUCCUUUAUUAUACCUAUAACUGUGUAUGUAAUAACAAAGAUGAUGUUCAAGUACUUUUAUUUAGUCUGUAUCCCUAUAUGUGCUCAUUUAAAUAAACACCUCACAUUUACCAAACCAUUUUAUACAUGAAUAGUCUGUAUAAGGUAAUAUUGGAACCUGUUCCUUUGCUGUGGCACUUUGAAAUUCAUGCUUUAAAGGGAAUGAGGAGCAUUUCAAGCAGCUUGUUUUGUAAGUUCUCUCAGUAAAGUGUAAAUGUAAGUUAUAUAAUAAACUUGUAAAGAAGGGGGUUUUUUUCCUGAAAAGUAUGUUUCACUUUGAGAAUGUUGUUCCUUUUAAUCAGUUUUCAUUUAACUCAUUGGUCAAUUCUUUUUUUUUUUUUUCUUCCUUUUUUUUUUUUUUUAACUAAAAGGAUUUUUUUUAAUCACAGAC